AUAGCUUACCUCGUUUUGUAAAGUUCAAAUCGUGUUAAGUAAUCAUUCGGAAUAUUAAUAAAAUAAAGUGAAAUACUAACGAUUAAAUAGUGAUUUGUAAGAAUAAGGUGUUAGUAUACCUUGAGGCGUGGAAAAGUGACCAUUUGAAAACGGAACGAUACGAAAACGAAAAAUAGUCUAGUCAUUUUAUUUUUAUACAAUGAAUUAAUUAUUAGUAUAAGCUAUAGUGCUAUUAACUUAGCGCGGUACUUAUUGUUUUUGUAAGCUUUUUUAUUUCAAUAAGUGAAAAUGCAGAUCCUCAAAGUGCGCCAUGUUUAUCUGACAGCCAAUCAGUUUCAAGCAUGGAGCUGCGCGAGAGCACGAUACGCGAGCUCGAACGCAAACAAACCGGUCGAGUACAAACCAAUAAGGAGUGUUUUGGUAGCGAAUAGAGGAGAGAUUGCCAUCAGAGUGUUCCGAGCAUGCUCCGAGCUCGGGAUACGGUCCGUCGCCAUCUACAGCGAACAGGACAAGCUGCAGAUGCACAGACAAAAAGCCGACGAGUCAUACAUGGUCGGCAAAGGUCUGGCUCCAGUAGAAGCGUACCUCAGCAUCCCGGAGAUCAUCAGGGUAGCUAAAGAGAACAAUGUGGACGCUGUUCAUCCCGGUUAUGGACUGCUGUCAGAAAGGGCAGACUUCGCGCAAGCAAUUGUGGAUGCCGGCAUGAGAUUCAUCGGGCCACAUCCCUCCGUGGUGCAGAGAAUGGGUGACAAGGUUGCUGCCAGGAAAGCCGCUAUUGAAGCCAAGGUGCCCAUCGUACCUGGAACGGACGGUCCGAUCACAACCAAAGAAGAGGCCGUGGACUUCUGCAAGAAACAUGGUCUUCCAGUCAUCUUUAAGGCAGCGUACGGCGGUGGCGGUCGCGGUAUGCGAGUAGUACGCGACAUGGCUGAAGUGGAAUCAGCCUUCGAGCGUGCCUCCUCAGAAGCGUUGGGCGCCUUCGGCAACGGAUCCAUGUUCAUUGAACGCUUCAUAGAACGGCCGAGGCAUAUUGAGGUCCAACUGCUUGGUGACAAGGCGGGCAACGUGGUACACUUGUACGAGCGCGACUGCUCGGUGCAGCGCCGCCACCAGAAAGUCGUCGAGGUGGCCCCUGCGCCCGGUCUUGACCCGGAGGUCCGCAAAAAGAUGACCGACUGCGCCGUUCACCUGGCCAGGCAUGUGGGCUACGAGAACGCCGGAACUGUGGAGUUCCUUCUGGACAGCAAAGGCAACUUCUACUUCAUAGAGGUCAACGCGAGGUUACAAGUAGAGCACACUAUCACAGAAGAGGUCACAAGUAUCGAUUUAGUGCAGUCCCAGAUCAGAGUGGCCGAAGGCAUGACCCUACCAGAAAUGGGUCUGACACAGGACAACAUCAAGACACAAGGAUUCGCUAUUCAAUGUAGAGUAACCACUGAAGACCCGGCCAAUAACUUCCAACCUAGCACUGGAAGACUCGAAGUAUUCAGGUCCGGUGAAGGUAUGGGUAUCCGUCUCGAUUCGGCGGCCACCUAUGCUGGAGCCAUCGUCUCGCCUUAUUACGACUCGCUGCUAGUAAAAGUAAUCUCCCACGCCAACGACCUGCCAGCUUCAGCCGCUAAGAUGACGCGCGCCCUCAGAGAGUUCCGUAUCCGCGGCGUUAAAACCAACAUUCCUUUCUUGCUCAAUGUCGUCGGCAACCAGAAGUUCCUCUCCGGUGCCCUGGACACAUACUUCAUCGACGAAAAUCCUCAGCUCUUCAUGUUCAAAGCUUCGCAAAACCGUGCUCAGAAACUGCUCAAUUAUCUCGGACAGGUGCUUGUGAACGGCCCGGCUACUCCACUGGCCACCUCCAUUCCCCCCGCGGACAUCACGCCAUACAUUCCUCCAGUUCCUCUCGACCUUUCACCAGAGGCUGUCAAGAAAUACGAACUAACCGGAGAAAAUACGGCCAUCAAGCCUCCAAAAGGCUUCAAACAGAUCCUCCAAGAAGGCGGUCCAGAGGCCUUCGCCAAGGCCGUCCGCCAACACAAGGGUCUUCUCCUUAUGGAUACGUCGUUCAGAGAUGCUCAUCAGUCCCUCUUAGCUACCAGAGUUCGAUCACAUGAUCUAUUGGCUGCGUCACCUUACGUUGCGCAUAACUUUAGCAAUCUGUACUCCAUGGAGAACUGGGGUGGAGCUACUUUUGAUGUCGCUCUUAGGUUCCUGCACGAAUGCCCAUGGGAGCGACUAGAAGACAUGCGGCGCCUCAUCCCCAACAUUCCGUUCCAGAUGCUGCUGCGCGGCGCCAACGCCGUCGGUUACACCAACUACCCCGACAACGUGGUCUACAAGUUCUGCGAGAUGUCGGUUAAAGCCGGCAUGGACAUCUUCCGCGUAUUCGACUCUCUUAACUACCUCCCCAACUUAAUCCUCGGCAUGGACGCCGCAGGCAAAGCCGGGGGCGUAGUCGAAGCUGCCAUCUCAUACACGGGCGACGUGUCCGACCCUAACAAGAAGAAAUACGACCUGAAGUACUAUUUGAACCUGGCCGAUGAGCUUGUGAAGGCUGGGACACAUGUGCUGUGUAUUAAGGAUAUGGCGGGGCUAUUAAAGCCUCAAGCAGCUAAGCUCCUGAUCUCGGCGAUCCGCGACAAGCACCCCGACGUGCCCAUCCACGUGCACACGCACGACACGUCGGGCGCGGGCGUGGCGGCCAUGCUGGCGUGCGCGCACGCCGGCGCCGACGUGGUGGACGCGGCGGCCGACUCCAUGUCGGGCAUGACCAGCCAGCCCAGCAUGGGCGCGCUCGUCGCCUGCCUCAUGGGCACCGAACAGGACACCAAAAUUCCUCUCCAAAAAGUAUCGGAAUACUCAGCGUACUGGGAGCAAGCUCGAACCCUGUACGGGCCGUUCGAGUGCACGGCCACCAUGAAGUCCGGCAACGCGGACGUGUACCUCAACGAGAUCCCCGGCGGGCAGUACACCAACCUGCAGUUCCAGGCCUUCUCGCUGGGACUGGGCUCGCAGUUCGAGGAGGUUAAGAAGGCUUACAGAGAAGCGAACCUUAUCCUCGGUGACAUCAUCAAGGUCACCCCCUCGUCCAAGGUCGUCGGUGACCUCGCCCAGUUCAUGGUGCAGAACAAACUCACCGCCAAGGACAUCGAAGCUAAGGCUGAGGAGCUGUCGUUCCCCAAGUCCGUCGUGGAGUUCCUGCAGGGAGCUAUUGGGCAGCCGCAUGGCGGAUACCCUGAACCUCUAAGAUCUAAAGUACUUAAAGACAUGAAGAAAAUCGACGGCCGGCCCGGCGCUGAAAUGCCGCCACUCGACUUUGACAAACUUAAGGCUGACAUCCAAGAAACGUACCCGCAGAUCACGGAUUACGACGUAAUGUCGGCCGCUAUGUACCCGCAAGUGGCCAACGAUUUCUUCCGCAUCCGCGAGAAGUACGGCCCCGUCAAACAUCUGGAUACUAAGACCUUCCUUGUUGGACCUACGGUCGGCGACAGCAUCGAAGUGAAGAUCGAGCGCGGAAAGACGCUUGACAUUCGUACAUUAGCCAUCUCGGACGAGAUGACGGCCGCGGGCGAGAGGGAGGUGUUCUUCGAGCUCAACGGACAGCUUAGAAGCGUGUUCAUCAAGGACGAGACGGCCAGCAAGGAAAUGAAGAUCCAUCCUAAAGCCGUCAAGGGAGACAAGAACCAAGUUGGAGCCCCGAUGCCAGGCACCGUACUAUCGGUGAAAGUAAAAGAAGGUGACAAAGUAGAAAAAGGACAAGCCAUCGCCGUCCUAUCCGCCAUGAAGAUGGAGAUGAUAGUGCAGGCGCCGAAAGCCGGCACCAUACAAUCCGUGCUCAUCACGAACGGACAGAAGCUCGAGGGAGACGAUCUGAUCGCGACCAUCGAGUGAACUACAUAAGGUGCAAUUUUGAAUGGCUCGUUUCGUUUCUUUGAUAUUUUAUUGCAUAAACGGUGGGAUACCGUUUAUAAACGCUGUUGAUACUUAAAUGUAUGGAAAUAGUGACUACUUUUCGUCACAUGUGUCUAGAGCUGUGCCGUUCUCGAGAAUGUUCUCCGUUUGAUAUGGGAAAUAUACUCGAGCGAGAACGUCCUUCAUACAAAACAGAGAACAUUCUCGAAAACGGCAUGCUGUGCCGUUCUCGAGAUUGUUCUCAGGUUGAUAUGGGAAAUAUACUCGAGCGAGAACGUCCUUCAUACAAAACAGAGAACAUUCUCGAAAACGGCAUAACACUUCAGUCGAAUCAUCCAUAUCUUUAAUUUUUCGAUUAGCGUUCGCUACGGCUCCUGAUAAUAAUGUUGAAAAUUGGUAUAGCUUGGAAAUCUGAGAGAUUUUAAUAUGUACCUAAAAAGUGAAGUGCGAUUUAAUAAAUCGAAGUUUUAUGUAUAUCAAAAGUAUGUUUUUGUUGAGUAUUUGUGAAACGAUUUUUUCUUUGUUUUGAAAUCCUCUUGUUAUACAAGUUAUAUUUAAUAUGUUGUUUGUUAAAUGUGUUUUUAUAACUGAUAUUAAUAUCUAAGAAACGCAGCGACUCUAAGAGUGAUAGUUAUACGUUGAAGUUUGAAUGUUACUUAAUUUUUAAUGAUCCCGUCUUUAUUUAUAUAUUUUAUUAAUUAUUUGGCACAAGCAUAAAUGUUUGCAGCAUUUUAUAAGAAGUUGAUACUAUUGUAUGUAUGAAGUUUUAAAUCUUUUUUUUUUACUAAUGUAUUUUGCGAUUUUUUAUACUGUUUCCUUUUAUAUUCGAAUCAUUGUUUUUAAAGAUUUAUGUACUUAGUAAAAUAUUCGGCGAAAAAAAGCAUUUUCAGCAUUUCUUAUCAAAUCGCGAAAUACUUGUAGCUCAAUAGGAACCUUAAAAUCUUUACCCGACCGCGGCAUGGCCCAGAAGGGUAUUGUUAUUGAUCAAACUGUGAUAUCAUCCACUAAGAGUGGUAAAGUGACUUAAUAGCAUCACAGUACAAAAUUAAAAAAAAAACACUAGGGACCGAAACCGGUUUUGUUUAGAAAACCGGUUACCGCGAGUGUUGGUACUUUUGUCUGAUAUAAUCAGCGAAAGUAUAAUAAAAGCCUAAGCGUUGUCCCACUAACCCGGGGUUAACCGGUUAAACCGCUAACCCAGUGUCAAAUUGUACUGGUAACCAUGGUAACUCCAGGUUUAACCGGUUAACACCAUGUUAGUGGGAUGGUGCAUAUGGCGCUAAGCCAAACAGCUAUCUCAAAAUUAAAUGAUUUUCAAAAUGUGUCAACUGUAGAAACUAAAAAAAUAAUUUUGUAAUGGAUUUUCUUUUGCUAUUUUUCUAUUUUCUCAUAAUAGAAGUUAGUUGUCGGUUAAACCGGUAUCGUUUUAAAUAAAUGUUUUCGGUCUCCAGCAUGUUCAUAUUCAAUUCAAAUGGCUCCUAGUAGUUAUAGUCAUUCCAUACAACAGGGUUAAAUGAAAAAGUAUGGGCAUAUCACAAACUAAAAAGACUACCUUUAGUUGUAAAUUAAACUGUUAGAUGUAAGGUGAUCUGUCUGUACUUGAAGCUAAGUUAAGUGUUUUUGUAUGUUGGUGCUAAUUUUGUUAUCAAUCUGUAAUAUUAUUGUUACUUUCAUUUGUACGUUUAUGCAAUAUAUUGAUUUUAUCAUA